UUCUAAUUUACUCAUUUUUUACUAAAAACUUUGGCAACCUAUUUUUGAGAUGUGUUGCAAGUGAAUGAAACUGCUUUUGCUAUAUUCUUUCCUGGAGUGAAUAUAAUGAUACCUUUUAUGAUACCCCGUGGUUCAUAAAGAUCAAUAAAAAUGUUAAUGGUUAAUGUUUGACCGAAGGUAAAGGGAGAGGCCGGGAGACAGAGCAGUGUUGAAGGAGUGUCCUCCUGGGAGAGACUCAAGUCACGGCAAGAGUCUCAACAACCGAAUGGAAGGCAUUUUCUAACCAUCGUUUUGUUACUUACAGAAAGGCAUUUGAAUGAAGAGUAUCAUGAUGACUCAAGCCCAUCUUCAUUCCCUGUGUCUUCUUAUACUAUAUUUGGCAGCUGGAUAUGGCCAAGACGGGAAGUUUAGUGGACCCCUGAAACCCAUGACAUUUUCCAUGUAUGAAGGCCAAGAACCAAGUCAAAUCAUAUUCCAGUUUAAGGCCAAUCCUCCUGCUGUGACUUUUGAACUAUCUGGGGAGACAGAUGGCGUGUUUCAGAUCCAACCAGAUGGACUUCUGUAUUGUGUCCGGGCCCUGGACAGGGAAACGAGGGCUGUCCACAAUCUCCAGGUUGCAGCCCUGGACAGUCACGGAACCAUUGUGGAGGGCCCAGUCCCCAUCACCAUAGAGGUGAAGGACAUCAAUGACAAUCGGCCCAUGUUUCUCCAGUCGAAGUACGAAGGCUCAGUGAGGGAGAACUCUCGCCCAGGAAAGCCCUUCAUGUAUGUCAAUGCUACAGACCUGGAUGAUCCUACUACUCCCAAUGGUCAGCUUUUCUAUCAGAUUGCCAUCCAGCUUCCCAAGGUCAAUGAUGUCAUGUACUUUCAGAUCAACAACAAAACGGGGGCGAUAUCACUUACCCUGCAAGGAGCUAAGGAACUGGAUCCUGCUAAGAAUCCUUCCUACAAACUGAUGGUCUCAGUGAAGGACAUGGGAGGCCAGAGUGACAAUUCCUUCAGUGACACCGCAUCUGUGGACAUUCUGGUGAAGGAGAAUAUUUGGAAAGCACCACCACCCGUGACGAUUGUAGAAAACUCCACGGAGCCUCACCCCUUCAAAAUCACUCAGGUGCAGUGGAAUGACCCAGGUGCACAGUAUGCCCUAGUGGAGAAGGAGAAGCUGCCGAGAUUCCCAUUUUCUGUUGACCAGGAAGGAGACAUUUACGUGAUGCAGCCCUUGGACCGAGAAGAAAAGGACUCGUAUGUUUUUUAUGCAGUUGCAAAGGAUGAGGAUGGAAAACCACUUGCAUACCCACUGGAAAUUUAUGUGACUGUUGAAGACAUCAAUGAUAAUCCACCUACGUGUCCAUCUGCACUGACUGUAUUUGAGGUCCAGGAGAAUGAAAGAUUGGGCAGCAAUAUUGGGACACUGACUGCCCAAGACAGGGAUAAGGAAAACACCCCCAGCAGCUUGUUAAUGUACCGGAUUGUGGAGCAAGUCCCCAAAAUUCCUGUAGAUGAACUCUUCCUGGUUGAAAAAUUUGAGGGGAAGUUCCAGUUAGGUAAACAGUCCUUGAAGAAGCAAGAUACUCCUCAGUACAAUUUAACGGUAGAAGUAUCCGACCAAGAUUUCAAGACCCUCUGUCUUGUGCAAAUCAACGUUAUUGAUAUCAAUGAUCAGAUCCCCAUCUUUGAAAAGUCAGAUUAUGGAAACCUGACUCUUGCUGAAGACACAGCUGUGGGGUCCGUCAUCUUAACCAUCCGAGCCACCGAUGCUGAUGAGCCGUUUACUGGGAGUUCUAAAAUCCUCUAUCGGGUUAUAGAGGGAGACAGUGAGGGACGACUGGAGGUUGACACGGAUCCCCAAACCAAUGUGGGCUAUGUCAAGAUCAAAAAGCCUCUUGAUUUUGAAACAGCACCCAUUUCCAACAUUGUGGUCCAAGCAGAAAAUCCGGAGCCUCUGGUGUCUGGUGUUUCAUACAACGCGAGCUCCCUAGCCAGAUUCCAGCUCACUGUGACAGAUGUGAAUGAAGCACCCCAGUUUUCAGAGUAUGCUUUCCAAGCCACAGUCAGUGAGGAUGCACCUGUUGGCACCAGAGUGGGCAAUGUGACUGCCAAGGAUCCAGAAGGCCUGCAUGUAAGUUAUUCACUGAGAAACGACAAGAGAGGCUGGCUUAGAAUCGACUCCACCACCGGGGAUAUCUUUACUGUGGCUCCGCUGGACAGAGAAGCUGAGAGUGUGUAUCAGGUACAAGUAGUGGCCACGGAAAAAGGCAGGUCCUCCUUGAGCUCCACGGCGGAUUUCCUACUGAUCCUUCAGGAUGUGAAUGACAACCCCCCGCGGCUCGCCAAGGAAUACACAGGCUUGUUCUUCUGCCAUCCCCUCAGUGCACCUGGAAGUCUCAUUUUCGAGGCCACUGAUGAUGAUCAGCUGUCAUUCCGGGGUCACCAGUUCACAUUUUCCCUUGGCAGUGAAAGCCUAAAAACGGACUGGGAAGUUUCCAGAAUCAAUGGUACCCAUGCCAGACUCUCUACAAAGCACACAAAGUUUGAGGAGAGGGUUUAUAACAUCUCAGUUCGCAUCAAUGAUGGGGGCCGGCCACCCUUGGAAGGGACUGUCACUUUACCAGUUAGUUUCUGCUCAUGUGUGGAAGAAAGGUGUUUCCGGCCAGUAGCUAAACAGUCGGGGAUACCCACUGUGGGCAUGGCAGUUGGAAUCCUCCUGACCACCUUUCUGAUCAUUGGGAUAAUUUUAGCAGUCGUGUUUAUCCGCAUGAAGAAGAAUAACAGCAAAGAUAAUGUUGAGAAUGCUCAGGCACCUGAAGCCAGACCCCUGAGAAGCUGAUUUUGAAAGCAAUGUUUAAGUGGAAAUAUCAAGUGCUAUUUCAAUAACAUAGCAGUUAGUCUCAUAAUUUUACUUUUCAUCCAGCACGUAUAAUGUUUUUUUACAGAUAUUCCUUCUUGCCAUUUAAUUUUAUACUACUAAUGUUUCAUGAGCCAUGGACAUUAACAUUUUUCCCUUCUGCAAACUCCCAAACCAGAAAUGUAUAUGGCUUUCUCCUUUGGGGAAGGAUGCGCUGAUUAAAUUCCCUGUACAUUCUUUUUCUUCAUCAAGAAGAUUUAUCAGUUGUCUACUACAGAACUUCCUGGAUUCCGUUUAUGCUUUUUCUCAUUCCAACCUGUGUUCCCUUCAUCAAUAUCUCCUUUGGUAGAGCUCACUGAAUUUAUAACAUUUGUCAGAGAAAAAAGAGCGGUCUCAGGAGAAAAAAAUAAAAGAGCAUCCUUGUCCCUUAGUACCAACAGGAACUCUUCUGUGUUGUUAUUAACUGUCUUUAACCCCGCAUGGCUAAUGGGUGCUCUUUGACUGAAGUUCAUCAACUUGGGGAUUGGGGAUGUAUGGAACAAAGUUAUUGUUUCCACAGAGGCCUCCCUCUCAAACCCCGGUGCUGGAGUCAACAGGUGGCUCAAGUCUACUCACUACCCAUCAUGCUAU